AUGGUGUUACGGAAGGACGACGAAGCGGAAACCGACCCGAAGCUCUACCACUGUUGUUGCAAAAGCAUCAAAGCAAAGACUGGUGUACUCGCGUUCUGGUGCCUGAAAGUUGCUGAGGUCAUUGCUACCGUUGUGUUCAUCAACAAGCUUGACGAACCAUUCAAUUUUACAACGGGAACAUCAAUGGUUUAUGGGUUGCUCCUGAGCUUCGCGAUGGGUAUGGCAUUGCAUCGGGAACAAGCCGCUUGGGCCAAGGUGUACUUGAUUAUCGCGCCCUUCUGCUACUUUGUACAGACCGUUCUCUAUAUUUGGAAGGUGAUCACGGUUCCGGAUAUGUACGAUCAAUAUGAUUUAAACGACCCAACUUCUGUCCACGUCACUCGGGCCACCAGAAAAUUUAUGGGCGAAAUGCUGACGCUGAUGGUACUGCUGGCCGUAUGGGAAUAUUACACCGUCUGGCUCUACUACAAGUUCUUGAAGGAUGAAAAAUACGUGCUCGCCGAGAAUGGAAUGUCGUUGAGUCGGCUGGAUGCAGUACACGUUGAGCCGUUGCCAUUAGUAAAGGGCCGAGAACCACCAUCACGAAGCCAGACGAAGCUCGAGUCCACAGGCAGAUUA